UCAAUCUGACUUGAAGCACUUCUCACAUUCCACCAAGGAAAACAAAAUCAUGACUUCUGAAAUCUCAAAAUGUACUCAAAGCCUUACCACUGCUGAGGACAUGAGGAACCAAACCAAACUUAUGAUGCAUUCUAAUGCCAACUGGGAAGAGUAUCUGUCUCCAGCACCUCUCUCCAUAGCCAUCCUGGGAGAGCUGGUUUUCAUAUCAUCCGUAACAGAUUUCUCUAUCAAUAAAAAUCCCCCUAAAGAUGGCUAUCAGUUCAUCAAAUACCCUGAUUCCUUUGGCGCUUGUCUCAUGCAAGUGUGUAACUCUGGUUGGUGGGCAUUUAAUGAGGCCCAUACGAGCAUGGAUCAGAUUCGUCUCCAUACUGCCCAGGUUCCAAAUUACAUGAAGACUGCUGUGGAGAUUCUGUUCCAAGAUAAUGAUAUGGUUGUAAAUGCUCUUCUUCCGAAUCAGCUGAAAAAUAUCCAAGACAUUGCAGACGAAUGUCUGAAACUCUCAGAUGCAACUGAAAAGCGUUUUUUGAAUGUCAUUAAUAUAAUACAAGAGCUGCUAGAGGCGUGUAAGAAUGCACAUCGCUUUUAUGGGAAAGAGUUGGAAGAGGUGAACAAGAUAAUAGAAGAGAACAAACUAAAGAAGCAGUCAGCUGAAGAGACCAAGAAAAGGACUGAGCAGUUAAUGAAUGCCAUGAAGAAGGAAAUGGAAGAAGCUAAUGAUAGCUACAAGAAAGCUCUGAAUUCUCUCCCUAAUGGAUGGGAAAUGAUUGGUAUGGAUUUUGUAAGUGGGUUAACACAGGGCAUUACUGGCAUGUUUGCUGGAAUGGCAUCUGCUAUUACUCAACCAGUGAAUAGUGUAAGAGAUGUGUUUUCUGAAAUAAAAGUAUAUAGCAGGUCGACUGAAAUGUUAACGUGCGCACAGAAUAUCCUGGGAGCAAUGCAUGUAAAAAGUAAGGAUGAUAACAUUGAUUGGACAAAACUAUAUGAUCAGAAGGAGAAUGCUACAAAGACAGAUUUCAUAGCAAAACAGUUUGAAAGACUCAGUGAAACUUUCAAGGAAGUCCCUGACUGCCCAGCAAAGCAACAAGCUCUGAAGUUGUGCAAAGCUAGUACAGAAAUAUGCAACAAGCUUGCAAAAUAUGCACCAGAUGGCAAAUGCAACAAAGACAAAAACACUGAAAUUAUAAAUGCGGUAUUUGAUUUGAUUGAGUCAGCCCAUGUUUUUGACUGCAAAAGUAAAGAUAAAACAAAUUCCCCAGCCUUUUCUCCAGUGCUACCAAUGAUGCAUAGAGAAGAAAAGAAGUCAGAGAACAUAAGUGCUUCUCAGAGGGCAACAGAGAAUGCACGAUUCAAGAUAGAGCAGACCCGAGCUCAACUGAACAAGACACAAGAGAAUUAUGAGAAGUGUCUGGAGAACCUAGAGAACAACGAGAAGGAACUAAAUAAAACCCUUGCAGAUCUGAGAAAUUGCAACCUGAAAGAGAUCGACUUCAAAACUACCAUACAGAUGCUGAUCAAAGGAAUGGAUGCCAUGGGGAGAGUGAAGGAGCAAUGGGAGAAGAUGGUUCGCUUCUUUCAGAUGGUUUCCAACAUUGUAAAAACCAGCCUGAGCACGACUCUCAAAAACUUUGUCUCCACAUCAGAGAACACAAAACGUCUCCGCUACAAUGAAAAGCUCUUUUCAAAAGAUCUGCUGUACAUUCAAGCCUUCCAAGCCUGUAACAUUGCUAGUCUGGUCCACAUGAUCUCUGCAACAUACACAGAUAUUUCCAGCAAGUACCUGAUGGAUCGUGUCAGUUCACUGGGAAAACUGAUGGCCAUGGAUAAAACUAAUCCAAAAUUUGAGUGUGAGCGACUACUGCUUCAGAACGACUGUGAUGAGGCAAAGGAAAGCAUCUUAAAGCUUGUGAAGAAGAAUAAAGCUGAGUAUGACAGCAAGAGCAAAGCAAGAAUUGAAAAGAUUGAUCGAGAAUUGCUUGCCAUUCUUCCUGCUGCUUCACCAAAAGAAAUCAAGAGUAUUGAAGAGGCUGUUGAAGCCGGAUUCAAGACGACGCAUACAUCUGAUGAAAAUAUGAGACAAGACAAAAGCCUUUUCUUUUGAAAAGCAACAACCAUUCCUGUCAUCAAUCAAGGUCUGCAUCGAGACAACCCCCCCAAAAAAAGAAUAUGUGUGGAAAAUAGGAGUACAACUUUUUGUGUGUAUGCUGGAUUUAGUGGGAAUCUGUUUAGUGUUUGCUUAUGGAAUUUAGGCAUGUCCUUAGGCAUGCAAAUAUUAAUGAAGAGCAUCAUUACUUUAGAACUUUAAGUGGAAUUGUUAUAUUGUCUUCUGCUUCUUGAUUUUAAUAACAUAUAAUAUAAUAAACUCUUUUACUUCACUUUUUCCUAAUAAAUUUCCAUGAUUUAAUUUGAAAUAAA